AUGGUCUGUCAACUUUCUAUCAAAGAACCAGCGAGCUCUCAUGCGGAAAAUGUGAUUGCAACCCACACAAAAUAUAUUGGAGCCAUCAAACUUGCUCUCAGUAUUAUAUAUGCCGUUUGUAUUUUCACGGAAUUCAUGGAAUUUACGGACACCGCACUAUUCAUUGGAAUCGACUUCUUCCUCGUUCCCGUGGUUAUUCAAAUGACUGAAAUCAAGAACACAAACCCAAAUGUGAUUACUACUGUUCCUAUCUCUCUUCCGGUUGUUGAUGUUCAGAAAAUUGAAAUUUCUCUCAGUUGA